GGGGGGGAAAUUCCUCCCCUAUAGCGAGUCGAAGGGUAAUCCGCCGUUGUCGGGGGGGGGGAAUCACACAUGAUGGUGGUCAGUGGUUGCGGGGCAAUGCUGGCGUAGCAACAUAAACUAAUACAUUGCCUUUUAGUGACUUAGGAAUGUCAGAGCAAUUCAAUAGGAUGCAACCAUACAAUUCUAUUUGGCUCCCUUUUCUUAGACAAUGGACUCUGGACCCUAAGGCAUGUGUAGUUCCGGUCGUGGAAAGUUGUUCAGGUUAGUUAGGCACUCACCCUAUCUUCUCCCUACCGUAGCUUUGCCUUUGCUUCCUUUUCCUUAGUGUGAAGUGAUAUUGUGGUCCUCUUGCAUGAGAGUCUUAUUAAGUUAUUACGGAUCAAAAGUCGGCGAACGAGAUGGAGUCAAUUGAAAGUUCAAGUAGUCUGGAUGCUCUGGUGACAUUGGUGGGCAGCACGCCGAGGAGGUUGAAGGAGCGGAGCUUCUUGCGAAAGUCAGCAACAGACUUGAGUGAGUCAGUUGGUCCUUCCAGUGGUCGCAUGAAGAGAGAGCUCAAUGCCUUCGACACAUUGAUGUUUGGCAUUGGAUGCAUUGUUGGGACAGGUGUGUUUGUCGUCACUGGGGUGGCCGCAAAAGACAAUGCAGGGCCAGCAGUCAUAAUAGCUUAUUUGGUGGCAGCAGUGUCAUCGGUAUUGUCCGCCCUGUGCUACACGGAGUUCGCAAUUGAGAUGCCGGUUGCCGGAGGGGCCUUCAGUUAUCUUCUGGCGACGUUCGGCGAGUACCCAGCGUAUCUGACGGUGGCAAAUGUGUUGCUAGAGUAUAUGCUCGGGGCUGCAGCUGUCGGUCGCGGAUUCACAUCGUACGGGGCCACUCUGUUCAAUUGGCAACCCAACUCGCUGCGGAUAGAAGUGUACGGUACAUACAUUGACGUUUUAGCGGCACUGCUGGUGCUCUUGCUUACCUUGCUGAUUUGCUAUGGGACCAAGGACAGCUCCAUGUUCAACAUCAUUGUGAGCCUCGGCAAUCUGGCGGCCAUAGCCGUUGUCAUUGUCAUCGGAAUAACCAAAGGUGACAUAGGCAACAUCACCAAUGAUUUCAACCCUUAUGGCGCAGAAGGUGUGGUUGACGCCGCAGCUCUGGUGUAUUUCAGCUUCGUGGGUUUUGACGCGGUCGCCACACUCACCGAAGAAGUCGGCAACCCUUCUCGCGAUAUCCCGAUCGGCACUGUUGGCUCCGUCAUUAUAGUGGCCGUCAUAUAUGCUCUCAUGUCCGUGUCCCUGUGCAUGAUGAUGCCUUAUCGCAGCAUUGACAUCGAUGCACCCUACCCAGCGGCAUUAGACUUCAUCAACUGCACAUGGGGUAAGUACGUUGUCGCUGUCGGAGCGCUGAUGGGUAUCUUGACGUCGUUGUUGGUCCUGUUGAUAGCUCAAUCCCGGGUAGUUCUUGUCAUAGGCCGGUCAAAUCUUCUGCCCGCCGCCCUCUCGCGCAUCAGCUUGAGGUGGAACACACCAGUGAUUUCUACGAUCGUUCUUGGUGUGAUUACUAGCUUCAUUGCCUUGUUCAUGGAUCUUACCUCCUUGUCCAGCAUGGUUUCCAUUGGCACUCUGUUCGUCUUCAUCAUGGUGGCCCUGGCACUCAUCUACAAACGGUAUUAUGUUCCUGAGCUUGAGACCACGAGCCCUCAUAAGGUACUGCUGCACAUACUGUGGAUAGUUGCGAGCGCAUUUGGCGUGGCCAUCUCUUAUCAUCAGACCUCCGCCGAGCUGAACUACCUCCUGCCCAUUUUCGUGGUCUGUUGGGUCACUUCCACUCUGUCGCUGCAGCUGACCACUCGGCAGCAGCAAAUCCCACCCGGUUUCGCCGUGCCUUUGGUUCCUUGGAUUCCCUCCUUCUCUGUGCUUGUCAACGUUUUCCUAAUCACCAGCCUCAACCGUAACGCCUACAUCCGAGUUUUGGCUUGGUCCACCUUAGCUACCCUGGUGUACAUGUUCUAUGGGGUGCACGCGUCACUGCAUGCUGACCAGCUGGCUGAAGGAUACAAUGUGGUGGGCCCAGUCGAGAGUGGGGAGGUUGACCCAUAUACGUACUCGAGAUUGGAAGGCAACAAGGAUGAUGCCCACAUCCCGACAAUCACAUCCCGCGAGGCUCUCUCAUAACUUGUUUGUCUAAAGAAGUACCUGUUUUAUUUAUUUUGCUACGUUUCUAAUGAAGCAUAUUAGUGGUACAUUCGCAAUAAAUAAACUCGCUUUGCCAUAGCAUACUAGUGGUACAAUGAUACUACAAUCGCAAUUAUAAAUAAACUGGCUGUGGUUGAACUUAACAGUAUAAGGAGAUCUAUGUCUGCUGCCGCCCUCUGACAACGACAUCGGCGUCUGUGAUAGUCCAGUACAACCCAUUGACCCAUAUACCCUAUUCUUAUAGACCUUAUCUACCCAAUCCCCCUGAAAUUCAUAAACCUUGCCUCCGCUGAUCAAAUGGCCGAUCCCCUGUGACAUUCCACUUUUUAUACGCCAACCUGUCGCCCUGAGUCCUGACAAUUCCGCCCCAAAAUUCCAGAAUUUCCUGUCUCCACCCAGAACCACCCCAGUGGAAAAGCCAUGGCUAAAAUAGAUAUUGGCAUAUUGCCGAUUAAUCCCUCAAACACCAAUCCGCUUCUCUUUUCUUGAGAAAUUUAGCACAGCACUAGCCAAAAGCUCAAAACAUUCAUUCGUCACCACUACAACCCUUCGGACACAGAUCCAGUUGUGUUGCCUGCGACAUUCCAGUACACCAAUCUAUCCGUGCAUUGCAACUCCAAAGGACCUCUCAACCAGCUGACAACUUGACACCCACCCCCCUUCCUCAUAGGCCUCCCCCCAGGAUACUCCAGUACGACAACCAUCCAUCUUCAUAUACCAUGAGUGGUAUGCGAGUUUUGGCAGUAAUGCACUGUAUUCAAUUUUAUUGCACGCAACAAACGACGAUAGACAAAAGCCGCAAAACCUAUCUGAAAAAAAAACUACUAUCCCGACUAAUCCACUUUCAGCGCACGAAAUUUUGGACCCUUCGUCCAAAAAUCAGAAGUUUAGGACGUGAUUCAUGCAUUUUUUUCUGAGAACUGCAGUCUGGUAGUCUGAUUUGCUGAGAUUUCCAAGUCUGAGUGUGUUUAUCUUUGUUCCCUGCGUGUCCAAGAGUCUAUAUGAUGCUUGCUGUGUCCGUGAACUAACUCAAAUCCCGUGCUGUGUUUUCUGUGUCUCGGGAGGGGUAGAACAGAAUAGAUAUAGAAAUAGUGAUAGGACUGAAAUUGGAAACCACUUCAAACCAGAUCAUUUUAUAGCAUUUAUACCUCUCUGAUAAAUGGCCAUGGACUUGCAUUUGCCCAUGCGUGUCGUGGUAGAGCACCCUUACCCACAUUCUGAAAUUUGGACCCACCCCCAUUCUCUCCAUUCAUCGCAAAAGGAAAUUCCAGUUGACUUGAUGGUACGCCUUCUCUAAGUCCAAGAAGAGGAUUGCUGCAUUGAGUUUCUUAUCUUUUAAGUACAUUACUGACUCCGUAAGUGUCAUAAUAUCAUCUACAAUGAACCUGGCCAGGAUAAAGCCUGUCUGAUCGA